GACAGAGGGAGGGCUGUGGGAUGUCAUGUGUAAAGAAAGAGAUUCUCAUUGGAGGCAAAGAGAAAGAAGAUCGCUAUGCAUGUUUUGAGAAAAACGGGGUGGGGGGGACAAAAAGCAUCCUACAUGCUGAAGCCAUUUUGGUCACACUGCUACACUCUGGACUCCAGGACUCCAGAUCUGAUUAUAACUACGUGUUAAGUGUAGUGGCAUUGAGGAGGAGCUCUAACAAGAGUGGAAUGAUGUCCUCCAAGCUGAAGUGGCUGAUUGUGAUCCAGCUCCUGCUGAAUGAACAGGCUCUGUGCAGGAUCCCACCUCCUCUGACUCAGAGGAGCACUCUGCUUCUAGGACCUGACCUCCAUGGAGAGUUGGAGGAAACGGCCCAACAGGAUCAUCAGUCUAUCCUGGGAUCCCGACUCCAGCUCGGCCUCUCAUCUGCUGAAAAGACUGGUCCUGUAUCAUUGGUUGUGCAAAACGAGGAGAGAGUCCAUUCUGCCAAGAAUAUGAUAUCAGGCCUCAGGGUGAAGCUUCAGGGGCAGAUUCAAGAUCAUUUCCACAUUCAAGGGAACAUCAGCUGUGAAGAGCUUCUGUCUGCCAGCACUGUGGACGACCCAUUGUCCUCCGUGUUCCCCCGGGAGCUGCUGGGUCUCUCUCUAGUGCCUGUGUUGGUGGUGGCAGGAUGCCCAAAGGAGGCACAGACCCUUUUGCUGAAGCUGUACGACCUGUUGGGAAUGGGGGAUACGGAGGAGCUCCUGAUGGAGCUGCAAAGUCUGAUAAAGAGGAGGAUGAGCAAGUCAGCAUCUACACCAGCACCCGCAUCAGCUGCAUCGUCUUCAGAGAGGGAUCAAGCAGGGCGCCACAUACAGGCUGUGAUUUUUAACAUCCAGCAGCUGGUGAUGGUGGGAGAAGAAACCUCUACACAGGAAGGACAUUGUGAUGGUUGGACCAGGGUGAAUGGAACCAUGCUGGUGGGAACAGCUGUGGAGGGGGCCACAGGUAGACAGGAGGAGGCUGUGAACGGCUGCGAGAGACUGGGAGUCCUGUGUGCUGGUGUGACCAGCAGUGGACUGCUAACACCUAACAUGUACCAGGCAGUGCUGAAGAGAGGCAGUCGUAUCCUGCCAUCUGACUCCCCAGGGUCCGAAUGUUGGAUCCGUCAUUGUAGUGCAGAGGAGGAAUUUUCGAUCCCUGCUGCUUCAGGCCGACGGAUGAAGCGCAGCCCCCAGAGGAGCUGUAUCAACAAAAGUGAGCAGCGUGUGUACAACGUGGUGGAGUGGAUCCCUGCAGUCAGCACCCUCUACAACCUCGGCACAGCAGUGUAUUAUGCCUCAGUUAACUGCUCGGAAACAGCCAAGGAGAGGGCCAUCCUCAGCGCUGUCGACCUGGGCACAGAUGCUCUCAUGGUUGCCACAGGGGGGACUGCUGGGGUGGCAGGAUACGCUCUGGGUGCAGGGGUGAAGACCGGUAUGAAAGCUGGAGUCAGGUAUCUGCUGAACUCCAUGAAGCAGGAUGAUGACAUUUUGGUGAACAAGUUCAGCUGGGAGGAGGGCGUCAUCACCGUCCAGUAGCCUGAGGGAUCAACAAAUCAGCCUGUGAAGUUUUAAUUAGUUUAUACGUUUAAAAAAAAGGAUCAGCGUUUGUUAAAAUGUGACAAACUAGCGUACCAGACUUAAUAUAUUCUAGGUUAUAUGGAAAAUUAUUGAAUUCCUCAGUGGAUUAUCAGAAUCACAUCUUGUGUGACUGUGCACACAAACCUCAUUUUACACAAUUUGACUCAAUAAUUAUUCUUUAUUAAAGCUGAUGCCUGUGAUUUUCACUUAGUCUGUAAAUUUAAGAAUUUUUUUUUAUUUUUGUAGAGGAAGAUAAUCUAACAUACAAACAAAAUAAAAAUACAGUUUGUUAAUAAGUGGAUUACAUUACAUGUUACAAUAACUGUAAAUAAUCUCAGUAAUCUAUAACAAUAGGUCACCUCAGAAAGUAACCUUUGAACCUAGGCUUUUAGAAAAGUGUCUCAUUUUGUGUAUAAUAGAUAAAAUAGUAGAACAAUUUAUCAUAUUAAGCAGCAACAUUUAAAGUACUGGUCUCAGGAAUCUAAGCCCUUAAACCCUCAAGACUUUGAUUUUGCCCUCCAUCCUCCGUUCACUGACCUUCCUCAUGCUUGUUUAUUUUCCUCCUCCCAUCAAAACCCUUUGUCAGGUCAGAGUCACAUUCUCACCUCUGGUGUAACUGCAGGGACAAUAGACUGGGAACUAAAUUUUGUUGUUUUAUAUGUUUUUCUUUAAAUGUUAAUAAAUCGUAUAUUAAAUGUGUUUGCAUACAGUUUGCUGUGGGUGUGGUAGUCUAGUACAUAAUCAGACUGCUUGCUCUAGAGUAAGCCUGUUUUUUUUAAUGGUAAAUGAAACAGUGGGCAACGCGACAAGAAAUUAUCAUUUAAUGUGCAUGGUCACAUUAAAUGCAGAGGGCUGGAAAGGGAGAUUAAUGAGAAUAGAGUAACUGACCUUUACCAGCAUAUUGAUGGCCUCGUGUUGUCAAGCUGAUUUUGAAAUACACAUGCUCUGUAGAGGAAAGUAAAACCGCCCCCUACAGGCAUAAAGAUGAAUGAAUAUAAGUAAAAAAGCAAAGACAACACAUCAACACGUCCAUUAGGAGCACUUCUAUCUAUGAUGAGAGCCGUGGACGUUACUCAUGGUCAUGUGUUACGACAAACAUUUGAUGUGCUUAAGGCAAACUAUUAAAACUGAAGUGAGGGCCACACUCUCUGGCUGUUAGUUUAUCACACUUUUCUUUUCUUUUUUUAUCUACGGAACUUCAUGCUCGCUCAAAGAACAGAGCCCUUUUUCACUGAACACAUUUUGACUUGUCACGGUAGGAAAAGUGCAGGUGUUAAUAAUAAAAUCAA